GAAGGUGACAAAGCUGAAACUCAGAGAAAUGAUGUUGUUUUGCUGCAUUACACGUGGUGCCAGGAACCUGUGUUUGCUUUCCAGGCUGUAACGCCCAACUCCGGAAAAGACCGGAGAUUCUGGCAGCAGUUUUCCGGAAAGUGCCGAAGAGCUGGGAGGCGGGGCCACAAGAGUCUUUUCGGGGCUUCCGUAAGAGCCGAAAGGUCGGGAGGCGGGGCGUGAGUGUCGGAAUCCGAUUGGCCAAAGAGAGCCGAGGACCUUCGGAGCGAGCCGAACGUCUCCGACAGCCUCCGGGCAGAGCCGAGGGGCGCCGAGGCGCAGCAAUGGCGGCGGCCGGAGCUGUGGCGGCGGAGAAAAGCGAGGAACCGGCGCCGGAGGCCGAUGCGCUGGCCACCGAUGCGCUGGCCGCGGCCCGGGAGCGGUGCAGCCGCUUCUUGAGCGGCCUGGAGCUGAUGAAGCAGGGCGCCGAGGCGCGCGUGUUCCGCGGCCGUUUCCAGGGCCGCGCGGCCGUGGUGAAGCACCGCUUCCCCAAGGGCUACCGGCACCCGGCGCUGGAGGCGCGGCUCAGCCGGCGGCGGACGGUGCAGGAGGCCCGGGCGCUGCUCCGCUGCCGCCGUGCAGGGAUAUCUGCCCCAGUUGUCUUCUUUGUGGAUUAUGCUUCCAACUGCUUAUUCAUGGAAGAAAUUGAGGGCUCUGUGACUGUUCGAGAUUAUAUUCAAUCCACUAUGGAGACUGGAAAAACUCCCGAAAGUCUCCUUGGCUUAGCCAAGACUGUGGGGCAGGUUUUGGCUCGCAUGCACGAUGAGGACCUCAUUCAUGGUGAUCUCACCACCUCGAACAUGCUCCUGAAGCCCCCCCUGGAGCAGCUGAACAUUGUGCUCAUCGACUUUGGGCUGAGUUUCAUUUCAGCACUUCCGGAGGAUAAGGGGGUUGACCUCUACGUGCUGGAGAAAGCCUUCCUCAGCACCCAUCCCAACACCGAGAGUGUGUUUGACGCCUUUCUGAAGAGCUACUCCGCCUCCUCCAAAAAGGCCAAGCCGGUGCUCAAAAAAUUAGAUGAAGUGCGCCUGAGAGGAAGAAAGAGGUCCAUGGUCGGGUAGAAGGAUGCGUGUGACAACCACGGACAGUUAAGCUGUUUUGAUGUAAAAUAUAUUUUGAGGCUUAUGGUGAAAAAGAUGAAAAAUACUGCUUAACUCCAAUUUCCCUUUAAAAAGCUUUUAUACAACAUUGUUUUUAUAUUUGUUGCUCUGUGACUUUAUGGUUAUCUUCUAGUUAAGACAAUGAUUGAUAUAAAGUCCUUUUAGUUUAUAUAGAUAAAAAAGUGAAUCACUUUGUCUCACAGACAGUAAGUAGAUAGAGUAAAAAUGGUGACGUGGCUUGGCUAUGACUGAAGUGUGAUGAAGCCUGGUUUACAGGAAGGUAGAAGAAACCUGAAAUAAGAUGCAAAGUGCCACUAAUAGCUCACGCUUACCCUUGCCCAGCCUCAGUUUCUUGCCCCAACGAAGGUGUGUGUGGAAGGUAUAGUAAAAUACUUUUGUCAGCCCCAACUAGCAAGUGAAUGUUUUGUGUGCCUGGCACUGUAGUAGGUACUGGGUACAGCAAUGAACAAAAUGGACACGACACCUGCUCUCCUGGAGGGAACAUUCGGGUGGGCCCGAGACGUGUCUGUUUCCAUCACCACAGCUAGCACUUCCAUGUGGCAGAUGCCCAGGAAUGAAAGAAAGCAGCCCUUCCCGGGCAGUGGUGACACGUAGAACUAAUCAUCACCUGGUUACUGCAUGUUAGGCAUUGUGCCAGGAUCUAAAACAACUACGUUAGGUAUUGUCCCCAUUUUAUAGAUGGAGAAAUGGGUUUAAAUGGGGGGGAACUUAUCCAAGGGGUCACAGCUAGGGGUACUUCACCUGCCUCCAAAGCCCAUGUUCUUUCCACUGAUCCUUUAAGAAAUGAAAUGCUGGCUAUGACAGGUCUUAAUCUGAUAACUAGAGGCCUGGUAGAUGAAUUCGUGCACCAGUGGGGUCUCUCGACCUGGCCUGUGGGAUCGGGCCGAAACUGGCUCUCUGACAUCCCCCGGGAGGGAUCCCGGAUUGCAAGAGGGCACAGGCCAGACCGAGGGACCCCAACAAUGCACCAUUGGGGCCGGAGAGGGAUGCAGGAGGUUGGCCAGCUGGGGAGGGACCACGGUAGGGCUCCAGGGUAUGUCCGGCCUAUCUUGC